UCCUUCAGCAGCUGUGGCAGAGGAAACCGAACCCCAAACCCUGGUCGCAGACUGGGUCUGACUCCGGGAAAAUUUCACAGACGGAGGGAAUAGGGUCGCCGCGACUGUAGGCCUAGGAUAGCCCCCAGAAGGAAGCCUCAAGACAGGGCGCAGAAGUUCGAGGAUCCGGGGUCCCCGAGAAGGUCCACAGCCAUGUCGUCUGGGGAUGCAAGGACUGGCAGACAGGACGGUGCCCCGCGCGCGGCCGCCGCGCUCUGUAGCCUGUACCACGAGGCCGGCCAGCAGCUGCAGCGCCUGCAAGAUCAGCUGGCCGCGCGCGACGCCCUUAUCGCGAGCCUCCGCACCCGCCUAGAGGCUCUGGAAGGGGACACGGCGCCGUCGCUCGUGGACGCGCUUCUGGAUCAGGUGGAGCGCUUCCGUGAGCAGCUGCGGCGGCAGGAGCAAGGAGCCACCGAGACUCAGCUGCGCCAGGAAGUUGAGAGACUUACUGAGCGACUAGAAGAAAAAGAGAGGGAGAUGCAGCAGCUGAUGAGCCAGCCUCAGCAUGAGCGAGAGAAGGAAGUUGUCUUGCUUCGGAGAAGUGUGGCAGAGAAGGAACAAGCCAGGGCUGCCAGUGACAUUCUGUGCCACUCCUUGGCUGAUGAGACCCACCAACUGCGCAGAACAUUGGCUGCCACUGCCCACAUGUGCCAGCAUCUGGCCAGAUGUCUGGAUGAACGACAGCAUGCACAGGGAGACAUUGGGGAGGGAAGCCCCAAUGAGCUACGACAUACAAGCAGGAAUGCUUCUGGCAAGAGUGUUAUUGAGAAGUUACAGGAAGAAAAUCGACUAUUAAAACAAAAGGUGACUCAUGUAGAAGACCUCAAUGCUAAGUGGCAGCGUUACGAUGCCAGUAGGGAUGAAUAUGUGAAGGGGUUACAUGCACAGCUAAAGAGGCGGCAGGUCCCUCAUGAGCCUGAGCUGAUGAAGAAGGAGAUUUCCAGGCUUAAUAGACAGUUGGAGGAGAAAAUAAAUGACUGUGCCGAAGCAAAACAGGAACUGGCAACUGUGAAGAUGGCCCGGGACACUGCGCUGGAGCGAGUGCAGAUGCUAGAGCAGCAGAUUCUUGCUUACAAGGAUGACUUCAAAUCAGAAAGGGCAGAUCGGGAACGAGCUCAUAGUAGGAUUCAAGAACUGGAAGAAAAGGUCUUUUCUUUGAUGUCCCAAGCAUCCCAGAGACAGCAGGACUUCCAGGAGCCAGGACCCUGUUGGAUUCAUUCGGCGAAAAAAACUGCCAAGUACUUAGAGAUGGAUGCACUGGAGCAUGUGGCACCUGGUAGCUGGAGGACUGCUCUUGGGUCCCAACAGGUGGAACUUCCUGCAGAGGGUGGGCAUGUUCACACUGCCCACAGAGGUCAGGGUGAUCUUCAGUGCCCUCACUGCCUGCGGUGCUUCAGCGAUGAACAAGGCGAGGCAUUCCUCAGGCACCUGUCCGAGUGCUGCCAAUGAGUCAGAGCCCAUUGUGGCCCCUGACCAGCAUAGCUGCUCUAAGGGAUUGGGUUGGUGUCCUUAGACUCAGUUCUCAACACAGUAUGUUGCAUUCUACGGGAUCUAAGAUACACAGAUAGGCAGGGGCACUGAUAGGUCAUUUUUUGUUUUGCUUGGCCAUGCAUGGAUCAGAGGCAUCAUGUGGGUAUCAGUCUUCUCUCAUGUGGAGUUUGUAACCCAGCUGUCAAUUCAAAGCUGCAAACUAUCUGGUGUGGGCGUAUCCAGAGGCCUGCUUGCACCUAGAGUUGUGUUGCUUGCUGGAAGGAGAAGCUGCUGUGGGAGCAGGUGUCUUCCCCAAGGUGGGAGCUCAGUCCUCUUGUGAGGUGUCUCACCCCUAGACUGGUCUGUGCUGCACUUGUUGCCAGUAUACUAGGGCCUUCCUAGACGGAACAGUCACAUAGAUGCACCCAUUAUCAUCACCUUGCAAUAACACCUGUAUUUCCAGAAGUGAAGCACCUUUGUUUCCUAAUCCUUUAUUUUUAUAAUAAAUGGACUUAGUUGCUGGGCAGUGGUGGCACACAUCCCAGCACUUGGGAAGCAGAGGCAGGUGGAUCUCUAAGUUAGAGGUCAGCCUGGGCUACAGAGUGAGUUCCAGGAUAGGCUCCAAAGCUACACAGAGAAACCUUGUCUCAAAAAAACAAAAUAAACAAAUGGACUGACUACUGUGUUGCUCUGAGAAUUGGGCUGAGAUGUAUACAGGGACGAUUGGUGUUUUCUAGCUGCUUAGGAAAGACUAGUAAGGAGAAACAUGCCUGCUGUCUUCCCCCAAUUCAGAGGUCUCAAGGACAGCCCUGCCUGAAUGGGCAGAGGCUGCCUUAAGAUUUGAGGAAUGAAGUCUACCAAUUUAGUCUUUUUACCUGAGGAAUUCCAGAGAGCUAGGUAAAAAUACUGUAAUCCCUGACCUAUAUUCCAUACUACUUAAGAGAAACUCUUAGGUAUGUGGAUGGAAACCUGAUGUUUGAUGGAAGUGAGGAACAAGGAACAGAUCAUCCUUUGACAGGAGCAAGAAGCUGAGUUUGGAAAUCUAUUGAUGCUCACAUUUUUUUUUUUUUUUUGAGUGCACAGUAUUCAGGCAAGAGGCCAUUGGAUAGUGACUGUAUGAACCACUUUAGUGCUUUGCAUUGGGCCUCUUCAGUCCUGGCUAGGUAAUAAAGGAAAGGGGCAGGUAUGAAGUAGGAGGCAGGCCAUACUGAGAAUGUUUUAGAAAUACUAAGCCAUGGUAGCAUGUGAUUGUGUUAUGGUAUGUCAAGUGACGGGACAAGAGGGAGCUCUUUGCUAAAAGAAGAUUGUAAUGUACUAAGAGUUUGCCAUGUAUUAAUUCCAUUCUUGUAACAGUUUUAGAAGGUAGUAUCAUUCUCAUCACAGGUGAAGAUGAGGCACCAAGGGGCUAAGUCACUCCACCAAGACCACAGGAUUAAAUGGCAGGACUCAUAUUAGAGACCAGGCAUGGAGUAGAGUUGGCCCAAGAUUGUGUCUAUAUGUGCUAAACAUAGCAGAGCUGGAGGGGUAGGGAUGCCCAAGGUGCCCAGUUGAUGCCACCUAGAUUUCCAGAUGCCAGAUAGUAAUAGAAUUGGUUUUGCUUUGGAAUGGUAUUUUCUUGUUAUGGAAUGUUUACAUUGUGUCAUUAUAUAUUGGAAGUGUAUAAUCUGUCUUGAUUUAUAGGGGUUCAUAGAGUACCUCGAGUCUCAGAAGAGACCCUGGACUUUGUAACAGUGUUGGGACUGGGCCCACAAGUUCCUUAUCUUACAACAGCUUCAGUAAAAGAUGCAGACCCAGA